AUCUACUAUUUGGAUAAUUUAAGAAUUGUAGCAUUUAUUAGAUCUCACUUUUGUGUAAAAAGAUUGUCAUUUUUGAAGAAAGUCAUGAUACAUAUAUGUAUCAGCUAAAAAGAGUAUUCUCUAAAAAUUCACAGUUUAAAUGUUACAGAUUGUCUUUGUAUUGAUAGCUAUAGGGCUUUUCUGUUAAUCACUUUAAGACUAUAGUUGAAUAAUAUAAAAUAAUAUAGUCGUCACACACACAGCACUCUACAUUAACGGUACAGUUUGUAUACUGCUGAAAACAAUGAUAAAAAAUAGUAAAGUUUAUUGGCUUAAGAAUUUAUCUUCAAAUUUGUAAAGAAAAUAUCUUCAUAUAAGCCACAGGUACUGGCACAGUAUAUAAAACUCUUAAGAAUCUUAUUGUAUCUGAUGGUAGAUGUAAAAACAGUAAAAUAAAAAUGUACUAAUGGCUGAUAUGAAUGUUUAAAUGGUACUGUCAGUCUUUUUUAGUUUACAUUUAAAGACCAAUAAAGAUAACCCUGAUGCUUAAAGCGCACAAGUGAACCUAAUGUCCUGUUGUCGAUAUGACAGAUUUCCUAACCUCGUGAGAGUGCUGAGUGAGCAAGUUUGACGCUUAACAAUUCGAUUCGCGAGACAGAGCAACGCUUUUUUCUGCCAAAUUCACUCAUUUUGAACAAAACCGCGUCGAAUGAGCGCAAACAUACAUCAUUCCAAGAGACGGUAGGAUAACACUAAAUAUAAAACAAUAUUUUCUAAGAUGGAAAGAAAGUUAAGAGCUAGAUGCAACCAACCAAUAAUUGAAAUAUCAGAUUCAGAUGAUGAAGAUUGUAAAAUAUUUUCUAAAGUAGAUAAAGAUGAGAAUUAUGUAAUAGAAGAAAAGAAAACGAAGGUAAAAGUUACAAGAAAGAAGAAAGAACCAGCAAAACCCAGAAACCAGAAAACUACGCAAAUCACGAAUGUUAAAUCUAUCAAGAGAAAAAAUCAAGAAGAAAGCUUGGAAAUGGUUACUAGCAAGAAGCCAAAGCUGGAAGAACCGUCAUCAUCAGUUUUAGAUUCCAAAACAUUUCAACAAAAUCAGAAAGAUACAAUCAAAACUGAUACAAAACAGGAUGUAAAGAUUAAAGGAAAUUCUAGUUUUUCAGAAUGCACAGAAUGGACUGAUGUUGACUACAUAAGUGAAGUUAACAAUGUCGAUAGACAUAUUGCUGAGAACAUAAUAAAGCUCUUCAAGGAGGAUAAUACUAUACCUUUCAUUGCAAGAUACAGAAAGAACAUGACUGGAUCCAUGGAACCAGAUCAGUUGAGAGCACUUAAGGAUAGUUUCGAGCAAGUAAAAUUGAUCAAACACCGCGCUGCAAAUAUUAUCAAAAGCAUUGACAAGUUAGGAAAAUGGUCACCAGAAAUUCACUCCGCCGUCACAUCCGCAAAAUCUCUCGCCGACCUCGAACAUAUUUAUUCUUUGUAUAAACCGUCAUCGAAACGAACUCUGGCAGAAAGAGCGAGAGAAUUGGGUCUAGAAGGUAUCAGCAAUGCUGUUUUGAAGGGACAGAGAAUACCACCGCUUGUAUCUUUGAUAGACAAGCAGAAGGAAGGCUUGCAAAGUGAGGAGCAAGUAAGAGAUGGUAUCGUACACAUAAUAGCGGAUGUAAUUAGCAAAGACAAGGAGGUUUUCGAUAAAGUGAUGUCUUUUCGAAAGAUAUACAAUAUAGAUAUACAGACGACACAGUUGUCUUCGACGUCGGAGAACUCGAACAACGAGAACGAGCAUAAAUACAAAAGUUACUUCAGCUUUAAGUCAAGCGAAAGGAAUAUCAAGCCGCAUCAAAUAUUGGCUAUCAAUCGGGCUGAAUUGCAGAAGAUCAUCAAUGUGAAAGUUGUUGUUCCGGAUGUUUUCGAGCGUGCAUUUAAAAUCUAUUGUCUGUCACGAUACACGUAUCGUCAAGAGUCAAGAGGAAAUUCGAUCAGGUUGCAUGAGGAUUUGCUUCGCACCAGUAUCGAUUACGCUUACAACAAACUCAUCAAGCGCCUCGUGGUACGUCGAGUGAGGAGCGAGAUGAAAGAAAGGGCAGAAGUGGCGUCUAUAGAGGUCUUCGCAACUAACGUCAAGCAGUUAUUGCUCACACCUCCUGUGCGAGGCAAAGUUGUACUCGGCAUAGAUCCGGGUUUUUAUCAUGGAUGCAAACUCGCUGUCGUGUCGGAACACGGCGACGUUCUCGAAACCGCUGUAAUAAAGCCCAACACCCAGCAGUCGCAAGCGUUUGAAAAAUCGACCAAAACAUUGCAGAAAUUAAUAAAGGAACACAACUGUACGGUAAUUUCUUUAGGAAACGGCACGGCGUCCAGAGAAACCGAAAUGUUUCUUACAAGAUGUAUACAAUCCAAGAUGUUCGGCUCGCUGGACGUUAAGUACACGAUUGUUGACGAAGCUGGAGCCUCGAUUUACAGUUGCAGUUCCGAGGCAAAAUCCGAGUUCUCGGAUCUCGAUCCGAACCUGAUAUCGGCGGUUUCGAUAGCGAGACGUUUGCAGGAUCCUCUGGCAGAAUUGGUCAAAGUAGAGCCGAAACAUCUAGGAGUCGGACAGUAUCAGCACGAUCUUCCCGAGAAACAAUUGCUGAACGCGCUGGACGAAGUAGUUACAGAAGCCGUGAGUUUUGUCGGAGUCGACAUCAAUACAGCUUCUCACUGUCUGCUGCGAAGAGUAGCCGGUCUAACAAAUUAUCGAGCCGCGAGUAUUAUAGAAUGGCGAGCCAAACACGGAGCGUUUAGAAAUAGAAAGCAACUGUUGGAUGUAAAGGGCGUCGGCAGCAAAACGUUCGAACAGUGCGCGGGAUUCAUAAGAAUUCUGCCGGAGACAGCAGUGACUAGCGAAAUCUCAACGAAAACAGGCAAAAGAACAACGUCGAAGAACAACGAUCUCAAUCCUUUGGAUCAAACGUGGAUUCAUCCGGAAUCGUACGCGAUAGCGAACAAUUUUGUUGUGAAUCACUGCAAAUGCAAGUUGAACGAUCUCGGUACUUCGGCAUUUAUCGAGAAGAUAAAUGUUCACGCGAAAGCGGGAUGCGCCGCGCUGGCUGCACAGUUUGAUACCAACGAGGCUACAAUGGAGAUCAUAGUUAAAGCUUUGACUAUGAGGAAGAACGAGGACAUACGCUUAGCAUCAAAUUGUCCUCUGUUUCGCGACGGCAUGAAGAGUAUCAAAGAUUUAAGCGUGGGUACCGUGUUGAACGGUGUUGUGCGGAACGUUACGCAUUUCGGAGCGUUUGUAGACAUAGGUGUCGGCGAUCAGGGAUUGAUACAUGUUACGCGUAUGAAAAAGCAGACUCUGCAAGUGAGCCAGCGUGUAGAAGUGAAGGUAAUCGAGGUUGAUGUGACACGCAAGAGAAUCGGUCUCGAGUUAAUGACAACGUUGUAGAUAGAGGUACGCGAAUUACUCUUUCCGGUAUUUCGACUUGAUCUGCGGUUUUUGCCGCACUUGGUAUUAAUGUAUUCAAUAUAAUUACCUGAUGUUUGAUUAUAGUUUGCGUGUAAUUCGCAUAGGAUAAUGUUCUUGAAUGCGUGCGCGCGCGAGGCUACUGGAGUUGCAUUACCAUUAGUCGCUUAAAAACUGUUGUAUCUACUUUCGACAUUUUUUUAUAUCAAUUAUUAUUAUUAAUUUCGAUCAGCAUAGGGUCUCGCGUGUUUAUACUCUUCUAUCAGAAUCUUUUCUGGCGAGUGGUUUAUCUAGAAAAAAUGAAUCCCGUUUUACGUCGUGCAUCGUGAACGCCUAAAACGAGAACUCUAUAUGCGCAGUUGCGGCGAGUUUGCAAAAGGAAUUUCAGUCACGUAGUAACGCGAACCUUUUCCUUCGCUAGUAGCAAAAGUACGGUCGGUUCACGAUCUACAAGGGUGAGGGAGAGGAAGGAAGAAAGUGUAGUCUGUGCGCUGGAUGCUAUAGGAAGAAGGUUGCGAUUACGAUAGAACGCGUACGCUGGUUUAACUUUUUAAGCCAGAUUUUUCUCGACACCGCGAAUUAUAUUGCGAUUUGCUGUGUGCUCUAUUUUAUUUUAAAAAAAACAUUUAUUUUUUAAUUNNUUUCAUUUCNUGUCGUUCUUUUG